ACAUCUUCCCUUCCUUUUCUUCACCUCUUCACCUCUUCCCCCCUUCCCUCCCUUUUCAUCUCUUCUCACUUCUCACCCACUCCCACCAUCGCUCGUUACCCUCGCCACAGUCCCUCGCUUGUUUCCUAAGAGUCACUCGUUCGCUCUUUCCGUGUCAAACUCGACAUCAAUCGGUUUCUUAACUUUGCAAUACCGGUAGUUUACAUUCCCUUCGAAUGAAGCUGCACCUUGUAAUCACCCCAUCUUGCCGCACAAACACCCCGGCCAACUAACUGGCUUUCCCCUCCAUAGUCCCUUCUCGCAUCCCUUCUCGCCGGAUUCGCAUCUGCCGUUCGCCCACUCACCCUCAGCGGUGGGAAUUUUGUCAAUUCCGCCGGCGACAGGUUUGUGAUUGUUGGCUUGGCCUACCAACCUGGUGGCGGUGUGUUUACUCUCACCGUGCGCGCGCACACUGGAAUUGGGGCCAGGAUUGUGUAGCUGACGGGUUAUGGGUGGGCAUUAGCUUCGGGGUAUGAUCCGGCAUCUGGAAAGGAUCCGUUGAGUGAUCCUGACAUCUGUCUUCGCGGUAAGCUUCCUUCGGAGAGCACGUGCGGUAUUUCGUGGCUAGUGUUAAUUCAUGUAUGUAAAGAUGCUGCGAUAAUGCAGAGACUCGGGAUCAACACUAUCCGUGUAUACAAUGUAAACCCGAAUGUUAAUCACGACAUGUGCAUGUCCAUCUUCAAUUCCGUCGGGAUCUACGUGUAUGUCCCACCCUCACCAUAUCUCACUCGCCCACUGACCACCCCCCCCCCCCCAACUAGAGCGCUAGACGUCAAUUCCCCACUCGCCGGGGAAUCCAUCCAUCGCCACGAUCCUGAAUCCUCUUACCAUGAAGGAUAUAUAAAGCGCAUCUACAGCGUCGUCGACGCAUUCAAGGGCUACCCUAACCUACUCGGUUUCUUUGCUGGCAACGAGGUCGUCAAUGACGCUCUCUCCGCAUCCCUAGCCCCCCCGUAUAUUCGUGCGAUCCACCGGGACCUGAAAGACUACAUUGCCAAGCACUCCACUCGCACUAUCCCGGUCGGGUACUCUGCCGCGGAUGACCCGACCAGGCGACCGAUGUGGGCUUAUCUUUCCUGCGGUGACGACGCGGAUAGCAGGGCCGACUUUUAUGGACUGAAUUCCUACCAGUGGUGUGGGGAUUCCACAUGGGAGAGUUCAGGCUAUCAGGGACUAGUGGACACCUUCAAGGACACAUCUGUCCCACUGUUCUUUUCGGAAUUCGGCUGCAAUAAGGUCCGUCCGAGACCGUUCGGCGAGAUCGCGGCACUCUAUGGCGAGCGUAUGAUCUCCUCAUGGUCCGGCGGUCUCCUAUACGAAUACUCCCAAGAGAAAAGCGACUACGGUAUUGUCGAGAUUGACUCUAACGGCGACGCAAGACUUCUCAAGGACUUCGAUAACCUGCAGAGCCAAUACAACAACAUAAGCCUUGACCUCAUCAAGACCAAAUCCUCUGCGACAACUGCAGCCCGCCACCCCAAGUGCGAAGACACUUUCAUCCUCCAGGGCCACUCGGAGAAAUUCAACACCUCUACAACCCUCUCGCCCAAUCCCGCCGCUGACAUCCUGGAGAAGGGCUCCGGGAAUACCAAUCUCGGUAAACUGGUCCCCGUAACGCAGACCAAGACCCCCCACAAGGUCUUUACCAGCGCCGGUGUCCAGAUCGACGGUAUUGAGAUUAGGACGUUGAAGGAUGACGAGAGUAAUACUCCCUCUGGAGAGAAUACCAGUUCGGCUGCAGCGUCGGGUGGGUCCGGGGGGGGUUCGGGGGAUGAGAAGGAUGCC